AGACUUGACGACCAAUUGCACCUCGUCAAGUGCUCUCACAUUACUGCAUUUACAAAGACAGGGACUACGCAGUAAUUUUCAAUGGACUUUUAGUGUGGCCCAGUUCGCACGAGCACGAUGCUGUCGCGCGCAUCUGCUUCGCUGUUUGCUGCCUGCGGACCCCAAAAUGCCGACAAUUGCUUGACACCUUCACCAAGCUCAUCUUUGCUGCAGCCCGCACGCUCUGCAUUAGCCAGCCGCCUCAAUUCUGCAAGCGGGCGCAGGAGCCCUGCAUUCUUUGUGACGACUGGCCUCAGAAGCCGUGUCAUUCUUGCUAGUUGCUCGUUACGGCAGCCGGGGCCACCCGAGGAUGCCAACAGCGACAGCUCUCCCCACCCGCCAGCCGCUCAGCCCUCGACUCCCCCUGAUGUGCCUGGCGGAACCGCGCGGGCGCGGUCUACACAUCUUGGUGGCACUGGCCUUGGCGAUGGACCGUUGAGCGGACCGGACGCUGUGCCUGCGCCGCAUCAAAGCAGUAGUAACAGUGGCAUCGGCGGCAGCGGGGGCAGCAGUGGCAGCAGCGGGAGGCCUGUGGACAACAGCUCCACGGGAAGCAGUGGGAGUGCGGCUGGGUCAGAGGCCAGCUCGAGCACACCAACCAGUGCUUCGCCUGACUCAGGCCCUCAGACCAUGAGCAGCACUGGAUCUGGGGCUGAAGGGAGCUCGGUAGCUGGCGGCAGUCCGCACCAGGCUGUGCCGCCGGCAGCUGCAGCCGGCCGCCCCUACCUGAACGGCCAUGCGGGCCCAUCAGCUAUGGCACCGGGCGGGGAGGCUGACGGUGCGGCUGCAGAUGACCGGCCGGGGGUGGGUCCCAGCUCGCUGCCGCCGCUGCGCCUGGAUUUCCUGGACCUGUGGGCCAAGAUGCAGAUGCCGCCGCAGGAUGGCCCAGCUUUUGGAGGCAGCGGCUGGCAGCUGGGGCAGCCUCCUGCCUCCACGCCCUCGCCCUCUUCUGCAUCCUCGCCGUCGGCCCGCUCGGGGCCCAGCCCCGCCGGCGGUGGCGCUGACAAGACUGCCGGCCGCUACCCCCGCAGCAGCGGCGGUGGCGCGUCAGGCGGACGCCGGAGGCGUGAGUCAGCCACUCGGAGUCGGGAUGAACGGGCGCGGCAGCUGGUCCUGGCCGCCAAGACGCUGGUGCAGCUGCGUCUGGUGGUGGAGCGCCACCUGCCCGACAUGGGGCCCGGCACAGCCGCACUGGCACUCAGCAGGCUGGCGGGGCUGGCGGCGGCCACACAGCGACUGAGGAGGGCGCAGCAGGAGCCGCAGCUGCCGCAGACACAGUCACAGCAGCAGCCACUGCCCAGCGGCGUUGUGGCAUCAGCGCCAGUGCAGGAGCAGCAGCAGGCGGAUGGCGUGGGGCCGCUGGCAGACCCCUCGGCGGCGGCUGGUGAGGCACCGUCCGCAUCCAUGCCUGGGGCUGCGCCCAGCGCCCCCACCGCGUCCGCCGCGGUGCAGCUGCCACCCGGUACCCUGCAGGUGGAGCUGCCGGCUACGGCCUCCACCAGCGCGGCCACGGGGGCCGCCAUAGGCACAGUGGAUGAAGACGACGACAGCGACAUGGACAAUGUGGAGGGCGGAGCCGUGGGCGUGAAGCCCGGGGGGCGGGCUGCGGCGGACGGCGGCGCCCGUGUGCCCCGCAGCUCACUGCGCCUCAUGCGCCGCAUGCUGUACCACAUCGCGGCCAGUGUCGCACCGGACCUGUACGCAUCCCCACCGCAAGAAGCCGCGGCCGCUACUGCCAGCGCCUCCAUUGCCUCCACCUCCACACGCGACCGCACUGCCACCUCCUCCACCUCCACCUCCACCUCCUCCUACCAUGUCGGCCGCGGUCGCUUCUCGCCGCCCGAGCACCGCGCCAAGCUGGCGGGCAGUGUGCUUGCGGCCAUGGCUCGGGCGGGUCUGCGGCCGGACGCGGAGGACAGCCGGGCGCUGAGCGCAUUGCUGGAGGCGUCCAGGCCCGACCUGUUCCUGGCCACGCCCGCCCAGCUGUGCCGCCUGGCCUCCAGCCUGCCGUUGCUGCGCCUGGCGCCCUCGUCCCGCUGGCUGGACCACUUCGCGGCCGUGUCCCGCUCCAAGAUGUAUGCGGCCAGCCCGCUGCAGCUGGCCGCAUACGUGUGGGCACUGGCAAGACUGGGAUACCACCCAGGCGACCUAUGGUUGUACUCCCUGACUCAACAGCUGUCUCGUGACGGGCGGCUGGCGGCGGCCAGUGCGGGCCAGCUGUGUGAGGUGCUGUGGGCGCUGCACAGACUGGGUUUCAGCCCCGACCCCGAUUGGCGGGCGCAGGCAGCGGAGGCGGUGGCGUUUGUGGCGGCUCGAGAAGUGCGCAGCGUGGGUGGUGGGGGUGGGGGUGCCAGCCGGUCGGGCGGUGCACCAGCGGACAUGGAGGCUGAGGAGGAGUCUAUCCAGGACGGGUCUUGGUCCGCUGUGUCGGGCGACAGCGGCUCUCGUGGCGGCCCCAUGGCGUCAGGGACCCGUCCGGACACCCAUGGCGCUACUGGGGCUGCGACCCAGUGGUCGGCCGCCGGCAGUGCAGGGGGGCUGAGCGGGGGCUUUGGCGGCGGCAACACGGCGGCUGAGAUGUGCUCCCUGCUGCUGUGGGCGGUCCGCACUGGCACUGCACCAGCAUCUGCAGCUAUGGAGGCCUGCCUGGACCGGCUUCAGCCGCACCUGCGGGGCCUGCGCCGUGUGCACCUGCUACGCCUGCUGCUGGCGCUGGCGGAGUCGGGGCACCGGCCGCGGGAGGAGCUCAUGGCGCGAGUGCUGGGCUGCCUGCAGCCCAAGCUGGCCUCCAUGAGCGCCACCCACCUGACCCAGGCGCUGGUGAGCAUCAGCCAGCUGCGCUUCGUGCCGCCGCAGUCCUGGCUCAUGGCCUUCCUGUGCGCCUCACGUGCGCAGCUGCGCCACUACACGCCGGCACACGUCACAGCCACCUACCAGGUGUUUGCUGGCUGGCAGCUGCGGCCUCCCCGCUCCUACCUGGAGGCGCUGCACACCUACAUGGACGGACUGCUGCCGGGAUUCAACGCCAAGGGACUGGCCACGGUGCUCCAAUCUAUGGCUUCCCUGGGCAUCAAGCCGCAGCGGCGCUGGCUGUUGCGCGCUCUGGAGGCGCUGGCGGACUGCGGGGCCAGGGGCAUUGCCGCCGGGUCGGGUGCAGUGCUGGCGGAGCAGUUCCGUAGCGGCCAGCAGCCGGUGCAGCAGGUGGCCGGGGCAGGAGUGGCGGCAGCGGGAGCGGCGCCGCUGGGCGAGGAGGUGGCGGCAACUGCGCCUCGUGCCGGCCUGAGUGCCGCACAGCAGCAGCACCAGCUUCGUCAGCAGCAGCGGGCGGCGCUGGCAACCUCUCUUGUGAUCGCGCUGUGCAGCCUGCGCGGUGUAGUGCAGCUUGAGGCUCAGACACAAGCGCAACAGGAGGCGUCAGACGAGGCGAAGCAGGCGCCGACAGCAACUGCUCAGGAGAGCUUGGAUGCGUCCGAGGUGGCUGCCAGUGUUGCUGCUGCCGCGAACACAGACGGCCCUACCGCUGCUGCCGCCCCCGCCGCCGCCUCACUGCUGCCGUACGAGCUGUGGCCGGGCGUCAAAGCGGUGGCGGACGUGAGCCGCGAGCUGCUGGACGCCAUGAGCGGGCCGCAGCUGGCGCGGUUGGUCAGCGCCUUGGCACGUGUCAACUUCUACCCUGGCCGGGAAUUCCUGGCUGCCCACUCUCGCGCUACUGCACGUGCAGGCGCGCAGCUGCUGCCUGAGGACAAGGAGGCUGUGGCCGGGUGCUACAGCCGCCUGGCCGCACUGGCGCCACUGAUGGCGAGCGAGGCACGCAGGCAGGCAGAGCUGCGACAGGCGCGUACGGCUGUACUGGUAGCGGAUCCAUGGGCAGGUGCAUGAGGUUCUGCUUGGCCGCUUGGGGCCCAGGCUGAACGGCAAUGUGAAGGCACGAAGUCGUGCGAGCUGUCGGUCGUGUGCUGGUGAGCUGGUGCCGUGAGCAGCCUCCUACCAGGUGGCUGAAUGCCGUGGCAGUGUAGGGCGCAGCGAUUGGGUUUGAAUAUUUGCUUUUUUCGGGAGGCAGGGGGAAGAGGGGGGGGGGAAGGGCAAGGGCAGUGGACAGAAUGCAGCCGAGGGGGCGGGGCCACCUUCGUGGUUGCGGCACGUCAAGCGCCACGCAGCAGCGCUACGCAGUCGGUAUCGCGCGUGCGUAGAUGCCUGCUUGACAACCCAUGACAACUGUUAGCAGAAGCAAGGAAGUUUCUGCGCGUACAACUAGUUUUUUAAACAUCAUUGGCUAUCGUGGCGGUCAAAGUUGUGCGCAAUCCAGAGAGCAGACCUGGCCAAAACCAGUCUCUU